UGGAGACAUGUUCGAUAACUCCCACUACCCCUUCAACUGCUUCAACUACGACGGGGAUGGAUACCCCGCAUCCAGCUCCGAGGACGACAAGAAGAUGUGCAGACCGGCGUACAGCUACAUUGCGCUGAUCGCCAUGGCGAUCCAGCAGAGCCCGGAGCAGAGGGUCACGCUGUCCGGCAUCUACGAGUUCAUCAUGAAGCGCUUCCCGUACUACCGGUCGAACCAGAGAGCCUGGCAGAACUCCAUCCGGCACAACCUGUCCCUGAACAGCUGCUUCGUCAAGGUUCCGCGGACGGAGGGGAAGGAGAAGGGGAAGGGGAACUUCUGGACGUUCGCCUCCGGCUGUGAGUCCAUGCUCGACCUCUUCGAGAACGGGAACUUCCGGCGCCGCCGCCGCCGCCGGAACAUGAAGAUCGGCCUCCGCGAGCCGGCGGAGACGCCCUUCCACCCCCACGGCCCCCACGCCCCCCCGGCCCGCCGGGCCCAGCCCGGCUCCGCCCCGUGCCCCCUGAACCCCGACAGGCCCGGGCCGCCCGGCGACCCCCCGCAGGGCAAGCCCGAGUCCCAGAUCAAGUUCAGCAUUGACUACAUCCUGUCCACCCCGGACCCGCCCCCCCACGGCCCCGUCCACCUGGGACCCGCUGGCCCCCCGGUCCACGUCCUGGAGCCACAGCACCUGAACCUGCACUUCUGGACUCUGUGACGGCAGGAAGGACAGAACGUCCAGGACACACGGGACAGAGACAGGAGCAGAGAACCCGUCCAGACCGAGAACCGACGAGAACCCGUCCAGACCGAGAACCGACGAGAACCCGUCCAGACCGAGAACCGACGAGAACCCGUCCAGACCGAGAACCGACGAGAACCCGUCCAGACCGAGAACCGACGAGAACCCGUCCAGACCGAGAACCGACGAGAACCCGUCCAGCGGAGCACAGAUCAUCCCCUCAUUGCGGUGGCGGUGCGGUUCCGGCCCAGCAGUCCUUCCUCGGUAUGUUUCUGUACCCAGGAGUUCCAGACCAUCCCAGCUCAGCUGACUGUGUUCCACGAUGUGAGUCAGAAGGUCACGGCAGGAUGAGGAGAUUGAAGGGAAACCCGAUCAGAUAUAUUUAAAACUACCUAUAAUGUGUUAUACCGGGUGCUUCAAGUAAAGUGUCACCCAAAAUUACAGUGAAGAAGGGAAUUCUACGUUAUCUUCCAGUAAACCAGAGUGUUUUUCAGUCCACAGACAACCAGAUUUAACUGUUACCUAAAGCAGUAAAACAAGAUUCAAUUUAAAAUCUUUAUGUGGUUUAACCUAAAUGCUUCAGGGAAUGAAGACGCUGUCUUCCUGAGCGUCAGCUGGAGAAAAAGCGCCGUUGUACCUGCUCUCUUCAUUUGCUUCCUUCUGUCAGCACUGCUCCUCUUUCAUAAUUUGACAUUUGACCUGAUGAUGGGACGAGG